AUGGCCAGCGAUGAUGUUACACGUUCCCAACACUCUAAACUCGACAACGCAAACGAUGCACCGAUCGUGAUGACAUCGAGCGUGGACAGCCAUCUGUUGACAGGCAAGAAGUUAUCUAUCGCAUUUGGAGCAAUGCUACUGGCCCUCUUGUUAAUUGCGCUGGACCAGACAAUUCUAUCAACCGCUCUACCGCGUAUCGCGUCAGAUUUCAACGCGUUCUCCCAACAAGGCUGGGUCGCCGCCUCGUUCGUCCUCACGCAGACUACCUUCAUCCUCUUCUUCGCCCAAGUCCUUCGUCUCUACCCAGCCAAAUAUGUGCUUAUAGCAGCUGUGGUGAUUUUUGAGGUUGGUUCUGCCUUGUGUGGUGCCGCCCAGGAUGUCUACACACUUAUCGGCGGACGUGCGCUCUCUGGCGUUGGCGCUGGCGGCAUUCUCACUGGUAUCCUCCAAGUGAUGGCCCAGGCCACCCGGUUAGAGGAUCGCCCUAUGCUGUUUAGUCUCUUUGAAUCGGUAUUUGCGUUUGCCUCGAUCAUUGGACCUCUUGUAGGCGGCGCCCUCACGGACCACGUAACCUGGCGGUGGUGCUUCUAUAUCAACCUACCCAUAGGCGGCGCAUCUAUCGUAGCGAUUGUAUUGCUCCUCGACGCUCCACCACCGCUCGGAUCCGAAGGAUAUGAUCGCUCUUUUAAGACCAUGCUGUGGCGCACGGCUGCCUUGGACUGGAUUGGCGCUACACUCAGUCUGGGUGCCGUCACAAGUCUUGUUCUAGGCCUCCAAUGGGGCGGAAACGAGAAGGCAUGGAACGGCGCAGAGGUCAUUGUCUGCCUCGUUCUUGCACCCGUGCUGACAGUUAUAUUCAUCUUUUGGGAGCGCUACAUGGGAGAUCGAGCUAUGGUUCCGUUGGCAAUAUUCAAGAGCCUCUCCAUUUACUCAAUCUGCUCCUUCGCGAUCUUCAACCGCUUCAUCUACCUGAUAUUCACCUAUUAUAUUCCCAUCUACUACCAGGCAGGCCGCCACCAUUCUGCAACGAAGAGUGGUGUGGACUUGCUCCCGCUCAUGCUGUCCGUCGUCAUCUCGAUUGUGGUGUCUGGACAACUCGUCGGUCGCUACGGCCGCUACUGGCCGUACUUGGUCGGCGGACCGGUGAUUGGCGCCGUCGGUUCUGGACUAAUGUACACUGUGACCGCGUUGCCCUCAAACGCAGCUGUGAUCGGCUACCAGAUCCUCGUCGGCAUCUGUAUCGGCACAACUCUGCAGAACAUCCUGUUCGCCAUGCAGGCUGAGUUCGACGACACACCAAAGCUGAUCAGUCAGGCAACCGGUAUGGUGAACUUCUGCCAGUUCCUCGGUGGUACGAUUGGUCUUGCCAUCGCCGAAGCCACCUUUUCGUCCGAACUUGUGCGCAAUUUGCGCAAAUACGCGCCUGACGCGCCUUUUGCAACGAUACAACAGUCGCCGCUGUCGAUCUAUACCGCGGUCCCAGACGCACUGGUCCCUAACGUCGUGCGCGCUUAUGUCAAAUCCCUCUCGACCGUCUACAUCAUUGGCGUUCCAGCGAAUGUUCUCUCGCUAGCGUUUGCACUCUUCAUCUCGAAUAUCAACAUUAAGAAGAAGCCGGAAACGGAGACAGAAAGCAAUGUACCGCGUGGUGAGGUGGCUAGCGGAGAGCAGCCAACGACAUCCGACGGGCAGCCGCCUAUGGCGGAGAAAACGCGCUGA